CCAUUUACGCGGCGCAGACCCCAGCUCUGCCAGUCGGAUCCCCCGGGGCGGUCUCGCAGCUCCCAGGGCCGCACCCACCCCUCGGCGACGCCCCUCCACGAACUGCGCACCGCAGCUCUCCGAGCCGCCAGCCUUUCCCGGGAAGAUGGCGGAUCGCGCGGAGAUGUUCUCCCUCUCCACCUUCCACUCGCUGUCGCCGCCCGGCUGCAGGCCUCCCCAGGACAUAAGCCUGGAAGAAUUUGAUGAUGAAGACUUGUCUGAGAUCACUGAUGACUGCGGCCUGGGCCUCAGCUAUGACUCGGACCACUGCGAGAAGGACAGCCUUUCCUUGGGACGCUCAGAGCAGCCGCACCCCAUCUGCUCCUUUCAAGACGACUUCCAGGAGUUUGAGAUGAUUGAUGACAAUGAAGAGGAGGAAGAAGACGAAGAAGAAGAGGAGGAAGAGGAAGAGGAAGAGGAGGAGGAGGAGGGAGAUAAGGAGGGAGGAGGCCCUGGCUCAGAGGUACCUUCAGGGGAGCCCCUUAUCCCCUCGCCUUCCCUGGAGGAGCCCCACAAGCACCGACCCACCACACUCCACCUGACCACGCUGGGCGCCCAGGAUUCCCUGAACAACAAUGGAGGCUUCGUCCCUGCGCCCGGAGCCUCCUGGCCCCAGACUGUGCUCCGCUCGCCAGCCUUGGAGCCCCGCAGAGAGCACCCCGGGCCCCUCCCUCCCGCGGAAGACGCCUCCCGACAGGCGCAGGCGCUGUCCCCGGGUUGCGACUGCGAGGGCAACCCUGCGCCCUUGCCGCCCGCGCCCGGCGGGGCCUCGCCCUCCUCAGACCCCGGGAUCGAGGCCGACCUGAGGAGCCGCUCCAGUGGGGGGCCCGGGGGCCGGCGCAGCAGCCAGGAGCUGUCGUCGCCGGGCUCGGACUCGGAGGACGCGGGCGCGCGCCUGGGCCGCAUGAUCUCGUCCAUCUCGGAGACCGAGCUGGAGCUGAGCAGCGACGGCGGCAGCACCAGCAGCGGCCGCUCCUCGCACCUCACCAACUCCAUCGAGGAGGCGUCCUCGCCCGCGUCCGAGCCCGAGCCCGAGCCCGAGCCCCCGCGCCGCCCGGCCUUCCUGCCCGUGGGCCCCGACGACACCAACAGCGAGUACGAGUCCGGGUCCGAGUCCGAGCCCGACCUCAGCGAGGACGCCGACUCGCCCUGGCUGCUCAGCAACCUGGUGAGCCGCAUGAUCUCCGAGGGCUCCUCGCCCAUUCGCUGCCCCGGCCAGUGCCUGUCCCCCGCGCCGCGCCUGCCCUCCGGCCCCGAGUCACCGCCAGCCGCGCGCUCGGCACCCGGCCGCCCCGCGCGCCCUGGCCGCGCCUGCUCGGCCGCCUGCUCGGAGGAGGAGGACGAGGAGGACGAGGAGGACGAGGAUGAGGCGGAGGACAGUGUGGGUCCCCCGGGAGGCCGGGGCUCGGGCUCCGCUGCACCGCUGGACGCCUCGUUGGUGUAUGACGCGGUCAAGUACACGCUGGUGGUGGAUGAGCACACGCAGCUAGAGCUGGUGAGCCUGCGACGGUGUGCCGGCCUGGGUGAGGACAGCGAGGACAGCAGCGGGGAGGCCAGCGAGGAGGAGGCCGGUGCCGGAAUGCUAGGCAGCGAGCAGGGCCCAGCAGAUGACUCUCCCGACAGCCCUGACCUCACCUUCUCCAAGAAGUUUCUCAAUGUGUUUGUCAACAGCACCUCUCGAUCCUCCAGCACAGAAUCCUUUGGCCUUUUUUCCUGUUUGGUGAACGGGGAGGAGAGGGAGCAGACCCACCGGGCUGUCUUCAGGUUCAUCCCUCGACAUCCAGAUGAGCUGGAGCUAGACGUGGAUGACCCAGUGCUGGUAGAAGCUGAGGAGGAUGACUUCUGGUUCCGAGGCUUCAACAUGCGCACCGGGGAGCGUGGAGUGUUCCCAGCCUUCUACGCCCACGCAGUGCCUGGCCCUGCCAAGGAUCUGCUAGGGAGCAAGCGGAGCCCCUGCUGGGUAGAGCGGUUUGAUGUGCAGUUCCUUGGCUCUGUGGAGGUGCCCUGCCACCAGGGCAAUGGCAUCCUGUGUGCGGCCAUGCAGAAGAUUGCCACUGCCCGGAAGCUGACUGUCCACCUGCGCCCUCCUGCCUCCUGUGACCUUGAGAUCUCUCUGCGGGGUGUCAAGCUGAGUCUGAGUGGAGGAGGGCCUGAGUUCCAGCGCUGCAGCCACUUCUUCCAGAUGAAGAACAUCUCCUUCUGCGGCUGUCACCCCCGCAAUAGCUGCUACUUUGGCUUCAUUACCAAACACCCCCUGCUGAGCCGCUUCGCCUGCCACGUCUUUGUGUCUCAGGAGUCCAUGAGGCCAGUGGCGCAGAGUGUCGGCCGUGCCUUCCUGGAGUACUACCAGGAGCACCUGGCGUACGCCUGCCCCACAGAGGACAUCUACCUGGAGUAGCCACCUGCACCUCAGCUCCCACCUCACCACUCCAGGGCAGCUGCAGCUGGGGUGUCUUCAGGCCGCCAUGGCUUUGGCAAGGACUGGACUGGGGGAUGUGGGGCCCCACAUCUGUGGGGGUCUCCAGGCUGAGAAAUCUCGUCCUCAAUCCCCAGGGCAUGGCUGUGGGGGCUGCAGAGGGUGGAGCCCCUGGUGCCACCCACUUCUCCUCAAUGCAUCCUUUCUGUUGUCCUCUGUCCUGACCUUCAACUUCCCCUUUCCUCCGUCUUUGCCCUUUUCUGUGCCUGCAGACCUCACCCUUUGCUCUCUAUUUUGGGGUCAGAACUUGGGGGGUGUGGAGGAAGGUGAGGCUUGAGGUGACCCAUGAUACAAGCUCCCCAGUGACCCACUUCUGCCCUUCCCCUGUAAUUUAUAAAGGAAUUUUAAUUUUUAUAGUGAAUCUCAAGGGAUCAUCCCAUCCUUGACCACAGGGACAGAGAGGGACCCAUUCUACAGGGAGCUGGGGGAAGUAGGGGGCAUUUCCUGAGGGAGGCUUGGGGUGAUUAGUAGUGUUUCUGGAUGCCCACUGAAGCCCCCAUGCUGCUAGGAGGAGGGGGCCCUGCUGGGCACCACCCCACAUCAUCUGCUUUGCCGCUAGCACCCCCGCAGUCCAGGAAAAUCUGCCCAUGUGGGCACGCUGUGUACAUGGGCCCUGCCCGUGGCCUCAAUAAACUCUGCUUGGUGUGA